GGGAGGGACAGCCUGUCACUGCCUAGUGUGACCGGGCCCACGGGCUCCUACUUCCCGGGACAUAAAAGCAAAGGCGGGUGUGAAACAGACGCCGAAGAAAAGGGGACGAGCCGUGCAAGGGUUUGGGGAAGCAGCCAGGACCCCGUUGUGAAGUUUAGAAAACCGGAUAGUAAUGGAGUAUAUGAGCACUGAUAGUGACAAUAAAGGGGAGAUCGACUUGUUGCUAACGCACUUAAAUGUGUCUGAUGUGAUAGACAUUAUGGAGAACUUUUACCCAAAUGGAGAGCUGGCAGUUUACGAAGACAGUCUGAUUACUAUGUGCCAAGAAACAAAUCAAAAUGGGGGAUGUACAGAAUCCUUAUUAUUCCGUGGAAGAGAGGUUUCUUUGCUGUCAUGUGUCAGGUAUGGGACUGAGGAAGACUUGCUCGCUUUUGCAAAUCAGGUGUCCAACACUGCAAAGCAAAUUAAUGGACAGAGACGACAAGAAUCUGGAAUCCUAUUAAACAUGAUCACUCCGAAAAAUGGGCGCUAUCAAAUUGACUCUGAUGUGCUUUUGUUUCCAUGGAAGCUGACUUACAGGAAUAUUGGCUCUGAUUUUAUUCCUCGAGGAGCUUUUGGGAAAGUUUACUUGGCUCAAGACAGAGAGACAAAAAAGCGAAUGGCCUGCAAGCUGGUCCCAGUGGAACAGUUCAAACCGUCAGAUGUUGAAAUCCAGGUCCGCUUCCGCCAUGAGAACAUUGCUGAGUUAUAUGGUGCUAUUCUGUGGGAUGAGACUAUCCAUCUCUUUAUGGAAGCAGGAGAGGGAGGAUCUGUCAUGGAAAAGUUGGAGAGCUGUGGGCCUAUGAGAGAAUUCGAGAUCAUUUGGGUGACAAAGCAUAUCCUCAAAGGACUUGAUUUCCUUCACUCAAAAGGAGUCAUCCAUCAUGAUAUAAAACCCAGCAACAUUGUUUUCAUGUCAACUAAGGCAGUUUUGGUGGAUUUUGGUCUAAGCGUUCAAAUGACAGACGACACCUACUACCCCAAAGACCUCCGAGGAACAGAGAUUUACAUGAGCCCCGAAGUGAUACUCUGCAGAGGUCACACGACGAAAGCGGACAUCUACAGCAUGGGGGCUACCAUCAUUCACAUGCAGACUGGCAGCCCACCGUGGGUGAAUCGAUACCCUCGCACCUCAUACCCAUCGUACCUCUAUAUAAUACACAAGCAAGCGCCCCCAUUAGAGGACAUUGCAGAGGAUUGCAGCACCAGCAUGAGAGAGCUGCUGGAAGCUGCUCUGGAAAGGAACCCUAAUCACAGACUGUCUGCUGCAGACUUACUAAAACAUGAGGCCUUGCAUCCUCCACCAGAGGACCAGCCACGAUGCCAAAGUCUGGACUCAGCCCUGUUUGAAAGGAAAAGGCUGCUGACAAGGAAGGAGCUGGAGUUGCCAGAAAACAUUGCAGAUUCAUCUUCAUGUACGGGGAGUUUGGAGGAAUCGGAGCUGUUAAAAAGGCAAAGGUCACUGUACAUAGACCUGGGCGCUUUAGCUGGCUACUUUAACAUUGUUAGGGGACCACCAACAUUAGAAUAUGACUGACUCUAGUGAUUUCUUGUGUCUGCUGGUCAGAGUUGGAAAUCUGUCUCUUCAAGCUAAUUUUGUCUAUAAAAUAGUGCCUUUUUGAGCUGUAAAAUGUGAACUGCUUUUAACUGCACAGAUGAUUAAGCUAACCGAUGUGUUGACUCUGGUAAAUGUAUCCCAAGCAAGCAAUGACAUGUUCCCUGACAGCAAACCAACAAUACGAAGGAGAAAACACCUUUUUGGGAAUAUUGUUAUCUGGAGACUUUCCCUGCACUGUGUGUUUUUUGUACAUGCACUUUACAUGCUGUGGGCUAUUUAAAUUUUAUACAAGUAGAAAAAUCCUUUCAUUUAAAAAAAUUGAAUAUUUUGGGGCAGAUCCUCCAGGGUGACUGAGCUGCACUCACUGUAAGUCUGGCUGGGGAGACUUUGGGCCACCUUUGGCAAUCCUACCUGAUCUUCAACUGGCUCAGCCUUCGGCCAGUCUCUCAGGGCAAAUUAGGGCAGCUUUUAGAUUGAUGUGAACCAUGCCAGCCACCAGUGGGCCUUGGAGCUAUGCAUCACUGGGGCGCGGGGGUGUACUGGUCACUCUGUCUUUGUUCUUCCCACACCAGGAAAAAGGUGGGGGGGUAUAUAGGAUUUUCUGAGGUGGCUCCACAGCACAUGGAGGUUCUCUGAGAAGGGAGAAUCCUCCACAGGCUUUAGGCCAGCUUUGUGCUAUGAGAGCAGUGCAACCUCCCCUUACAAGCCAAGCAUUCUGGCCCUGAACGUGCACGUGAUUCUGAAUGUUCUGUACAUUAGAGCCGAUGCAAGUAUAUCUAGGGCAGCGAUGAGUUUGCUGCCAGUAAUGUUGGGAGAAUUCCUGAUGGUUGUAUUAAUCACUAAUAAGCUGAACAGAAUGCUUUAAAACUGUCCAUGUUGAACUGACUUAAUAACUAUGUAUGGGAAAGCAUGUCAAUAGUGACACGCUGUGUUUACGUUCCUAUGGAAACAAUGUAUCUUGUUCUCGCUAUGCCUAAUGUAUCUAAAACGUAAUGUUUUGGAUGAUAGUAAAACUGUGUAAACUACAUAGUUCUGUACAUCCCAUGGGAUGAGAAUGUAAACUUUUAUAAAACUCUUCAAUGCUUAGGAUCAUAUCUCUUUUAAGCAUUUGUUAAAGAUGGCAUACUAUGUAUGUUAUAUAGCAAAUUCCUUAUGAAGCAAGGCCUCGUUUUUAGAUGUAAAUUAUUCGAUGGCGCCUAUCCAAGAGAUGAUCUUAAACUGAUUAUUUUCACUUUGAUACCAAUAGGAUUGGAUGAAUAAAUCCGAUGUGUUGUGUUGUGAA